AUGGCCGAUGACAAGACUGCGUGGCGAGGGCGGCGAAGCGAGGCCGCGAAGGCGCAGAACUCCCUGGCAGAGGAGUUCGAGCUGGACACGGUGUCUCUCCGCCCAACGGCCCAGGCAGUGGUGGACCUCUUCACGGCACUGUGCGACGUCGUGCCUGCCGAGCGCGCGCCGGAGCUCUGCGCAGCGAGGGACAAGUGGGUAGAGAAUGGUGGCGGUGGAUCCUUUCCCGGGCUACCAGAUCCUGGAGCGGACGAGGACGCCGACGACGGGCCCGACGGGAGCGAGCGGGUCCCUGGACACGCAGAGUGCCGGGCGCAGGCGGGCAAAGCGUUUCGGUUGAAAAGCAGGGCCUUCAUACUCACCUUCAAUUGCUUGGCCUUCGUCGCGCCCCCGGAGUUGUGGCAGGCGUGCCAAUCGUGGGUAGAGGGUCGGAAGAAGGAGUUUGGCAUCACUUACUGGAGUGCAACCAUGGAGGAGUCCCUGCAUUCAACUGACACUGGCCGCGUGCACUUGCACUGCUACUUUCCUGGCGCGAAUUUCACCUACGAGGUAUGGCUCCGGAAGACACCACUCAUGUUGACGACCAACAACUGGACGUACGAUGAUUACUCUUUCGCUGACAAGAACUGGAUCCAGACGAACGCAGUGGAGGCGUUCGUCGGAGAGCCCGCGUGGGAGGCGAGGGUCGCGGCCCCAGCGCCAGCGACGCCCCCGCGGAGGUGGGCCCCGAGGCGCCGGGAGGCCCCCGCGGGCGCGAGCCCGGAGCACAAGCGGGGCGGGGAGACUCCCAGCUAG